AUUACAACUUUGCAGCAAGGCACGUCUGUCCCCCUCUCUCUAUUUCUUCUCUCCCAGAUGACUGUGGAUCAAUAUCGUCAACUGCAAAUAUGAAAGUGUGCGACGUGCUGCUCGCAGAUAUGGCCUUUGGGAAGCAGUGGAGGGUGAGGACUGGACUCUCUUCUGGACAGACUGCUCUGUCUCACUGGACAGAGUUAUGGACAUGAAGCGCUACCAGAAGAUCAACCAUUUUCCAGGGAUGAGUGAGAUUUGUAGAAAGGAUCUUCUGGCUCGGAACAUGAACCGCAUGCUAAAGCUCUUCCCCAAAGACUACAAUAUCUUUCCCCGAACAUGGUGCCUACCAGCAGAUUAUAGUGACUUCCAAGCUUACACUAGGGCCAAAAAACCCAAGACAUACAUCUGUAAGCCAGACUCCGGUUGCCAAGGGCGAGGCAUCUUACUCACCAAGUCCAGCAAAGACAUUCGCCCGGGGGAACACAUGAUCUGCCAGGUGUACGUCUCCCGGCCAUUCGUUAUUGACGGCUUCAAGUUUGACCUGCGUAUCUAUGUGCUGGUGACCUCCUGUGACCCCUUCCGCAUCUUCCUGUACAAUGAGGGGUUGGCUCGCUUCUGCACUACACAAUACAACGAGCCCAGCAAUGGCAACGUGGAUGAUGUUUGCAUGCAUCUGACCAACUAUGCCAUCAACAAGCACAGUGAGAACUUUGUCCGUGAUGACGACACGGGCAGCAAACGGAAGCUGUCCACCUUGAACAAGCACCUGGAGGCCAUGUGUUACGACACAGAGAAGAUGUGGUUGGACAUUGAGGACGUGAUUAUUAAGACGCUCAUCUCUGCCCACCCCAUCCUCAAACACAACUACCACACCUGUUUCCCCAAUCACGCGGCCGGCAGCGCCUGCUUUGAGAUCCUUGGCUUUGAUGUGCUACUAGACCAUCGACUCAGGCCCUGGCUGCUGGAGGUGAACCACUCCCCCAGUUUCACUACUGAUUCGCGGUUGGACCGGGAGGUGAAGGAUAGCCUGCUGUAUGACACACUGGUCCUUAUAAACCUGGGUGCCUGUGACCGCCGUAAGAUCACUGAGGAGGAGAAGCGCAGGGUGAAGGAGAGGCUGCAGCAGAACCGCUCCAGAGAGGCUAGGAGUGAGGAACUGCGUCAGUCCCAGGCAGCCAGUGUAGAGCAGAUGCGGAGGUAUGAGGCCAAACACCUGGGUGGCUUCCGUGGGAUCUACCCCCGCGAGGGCGGAGAGAAGUACGAGAAGUACUUCAAACACAGCAGCUCCCUGUUUCAGGAGACUGCCGCCUCUAAGGCCAGGGAGGAGUGUGCCAGGCAGCAGCUGCAGGAGCUGCGUCUGAAGCAGGAGCAGAAGGAGAGGGAGCAGAAGGGGAGCCGUAGACGAGACUUGCAGGGGGAGUCUGCAGGAGAGAAGGCCAAACCACACAGAGUACAAGUUCGUCAGACCAACUCCCAACAGGUUACUCUCCUGACCAUGCCCCUCCUGCCUACUGCUACCAACGGUUCCCCUACGGUGCAGGACCUCUCUGAUGAGGAGGUGGAGAGGGUGAGUGGACUGCUCCAACGGGAGAGUCUACUGAGGGACCUGGGGGUGGUGGACCAGAUCUAUAAGCUGCUGCAGGGGCGAGGCCAGUCCAUGCCUAAUGGCAUUACACCCCCCCGUGAGCAGAAUGAGCUGCCCCUACACAGACAUGAACGAGCCAAUAAGUUGGACUCCCUGACUGAGUUCUCCUGGAGACCGAAGCGUCACUGUACUGUGAUCCAACACCAGUUGCCUCCAGGGGCCAAGCCCUGCCGUCAGUACGUCCAUUCCCAGCUGCUGCAGCAGCGCUGGCCCUGGCCCAGUCUGGACAGGGGGCCCGCUCACACUGAGUCUGCCUGCCUUCAAUACUACACCCCAGAGGACCAAGUCCUAGAGACGGUCCGCCGGGCGCCAGGGGACCUGAGGAGGACCAACAGUGCCCAGCGUAUCCCAUGGACAAUCAAUGGUGCUCGUCAGGGCAGUAUGAGCUCGUCUUAUGCAGAGUCCAAGGCCCGGGCCACAGUGUCAAAUAUCUCCCAGCUCACACCUGGACGGCUCCACUGCACCCCCAUGUCCUCCGACCCCAAGGCCCUCCAGAGCCUGUUUGUCAUCUCCACCCCAGCCCUACUGAUCCAGAGGCCCGAGUUCCCCCACCCCAUCCGCAAACCCUCGCGCAAAGUCCCCCAGCACGGACAAGGGCGCUAGGGAGCAGGGACUUUACCAGUCCAGCCAUAGUGCCAUAAACCACGAGCGGGGGAGAGUGAACAAGCUUUCCUGACAAAACUGUACACAAGUUGUCCCUGAAAUCCUCUCCCUAUACUGUGUACAUUUCUUCACUUUUACAUCAUCAAAAUGAAAUUCAUUUCUACAUUAGCACUGAGCUACUGAGAAUUAAUUGAAGAGAAAUGGAGAGUAGAUAAAUGGAAUAGGUCUUAUUGUGAAAAUAUUGAAGCAAUGGUGCCUAUCGUGACUUGUGGUACUUGGUAGGAAGACGUGUCAUCUCAUAUGUCUACGCAAACACUGUGGCGUUUACAGAAUUGAAUGCAAGUGAAUACUAUCUGUGUCUUAUCAAAUAUCACUAUAACCACUGAGCCAAUGGUGAAAACACAUUUUUUUUAAUAAUUCUGGAAAUCUGGACGUUUUACUCAGUAAUGUGAAAUCUGAAGGGAAGAUGUGACCAUGUAGUCAUAUAGCAAAUUUGUAUGACUUUGAUGUUGAUGACUUUGCUACUAUGCUUUGUUAUCAUAUUGAUUUUUGUUUAGAUAAGCAGGAAAUUCUAAUUUUGCAACGUGAACCAUAAUCAAUCAUGUGUGCCAAACCUUAGAAGAAAAGCUCAGGAUACUGAAAUGAGAUACUGAAAUGACCACCAAGCUGGACUAACAAAUACUCCUCACAUUUCACUGAUUUUAAUUGCAAAUUUACCCACAGUAUUUUCAUAUGGUUAUUUUAGAUCUGGGAUGGGGUGUACAUUUACUUAUUGAGCAUUCUUUUAUUUGAGUUGGUGAGAAAUAUAGACAAAUGCCUUCAGAAAUUAUAUGUGUUGAUCAUUGCUCAUGUAGAAAUUAGGAUAUUUGUUCAAUUCAGGAUUAUAUUGAUAAUAGUACUAGGCAUAUUAUCAAUAUAUACUCCAUAUGAAUAAUCAAAUAAAUUAGGAAACUAUGUAAAUUAUUUGGAAAUCUUAGAUUUGCACAUUUGUAGGCCUACAAAUUAUGAGUGAAAUCUUUGGAAAUGAAAACUAAUAUUUCAAUGAAAAUGUAAGG